AUGCACGUGUACUUGCUGAAUCUGAUUUACACCAACGUGGUGAAGUACACCACUCACCCCCCGAAGGUCAUGCACAUCGAGCAGAAGUUCUUGAUCAAGACGCGAGCCGGAGCACAGAGCUCUCAAUUGGACACCGUGACGACGCAGACUUUUAUCGUGAACAACGCACUACUGCCCACAGUCAUGAAUACGAGGCAUUGA